UCACCCGUCUAUGGUGUUAUACCGGAGCGGAUGAGCGGGAUACGGAGCCUGUUCAUCUGGACAGUCCGAUGGCAGACUCCAGGAUGUCUUUGCAGCCAGCGUCUCCUUCUGUGACCCACCUUGAGAAGAAGCAUUAUAAUAAAGCUCUUCGGGACUUACUAAGGAGGAUUCGUGAUUACAAUAGCCAACUAGAGAUCACAGAUGAACACAUUGAUGAUGAGGUGUGCCCGCUUCAGGAUUCGAUUACCCAUUUGUAUACAGAAACAGAUGUUACUUUGCCAUCCCACUUGACAGCGAACUCAUUUACUGAACCAUCCUUUCUAAUGAGUGAUGCCGCUGGUUCUAAACAGAAUAUGAGGAAGCCUCAAAACUCUGUAUUAAAGAGCCCAAAUGUUUUGCCUUGUGAGAUUCAUGAUAUAUAUGAAGAGCUGUCAAAAAUUCAUCUAAAACUACAGCAAGAAAGAAUAUCACAGCAGGAAUAUUCCCUUCAGUUGAAAAGGCGAGAGCAGCGUUUAGAAGAAAAGGAGGAGAUGCUUCUGAAGCACCAGGCCACACUGAGCAAGAUAAAAGAUGUGGAGGACACUGUGCAUGAGAAGUUUCGAAUAAUGAAAGAGCAGCACGAUGUACAGGUGAAGCAGCUGUCAGAUGCCCUCAAAGAAAAGAUCAAGGAGAACAAAAGAUUGAAGUCAUCUUUUGAUACCUUAAAGGAAAUGAAUGACACCUUAAAAAAGCAGCUGAACGAAGUUAGUGAGCAAAAUAAGAAACUGGAGAGUCAAGCUAAGAAGGUUCAGUCUCGUCUAGAAAACCUACAAAGAAAGCACUUAUUCCAUGCAGUUCAGAAAAGCAAAGAUAUUUCCCAAACUGUGCAGUUUCCAAAACCCCAAAAUGUUGAGAAGAAACCUGCUCCCGUGAAACCCAAGGUUCUUAAUAAUAUGCAAGCAUACAAGCUCGUAACUAUUCUUAUGGAUUGGCUUUCUGCAUCAGAAGGUAAUGGAGGCCGAUACAAAUCAUUAUCCACGGAUAAAUUACCCACAAACUAUUUUCAGGAGCAGUGUGCCAAGAUUUUACCUGUUAUUGUUGAGCAAUUUCAGUGGAUGCCUUUGGUGAAUAGUAAACUGCAUACUUCCUUUAUGAGGUUUGCAUAUUGGACGUUGAGGCAACUUGAAAACCGAACACAGUCUACUUUGAUCUCAACCAUAAGGCGCCUUGGUGAGGAGACAUUUAAAGGAAUAGUUUAUCAUCCUGGGGAGCAAAGUGUGUUGGAAGAUAAGCCAAGAUCUGUAGCCUUCUUUAAAAGCAACAAUUUUCCAUUGAGAUUCAUAUCAACUCUCGUGAUACUUAAAACUGUUACACAAGUGGACUACCUUGCUCAGGCAUUGGAUUCGCUUUGCAUGGACCUGAAAAGUGAUGAGGGAAGAUCUUUGUUCUUGGAGUAUCAAGCAGUACCCGUGGUUGUAGAUCUUUUACAUGUAUCAAGCAGGGGACUUAUUUCCAUCAUCCUCGAUAUUUUACUUCAACUAUCAAUGGAGACAAGUUUUUUGCAGCCGUUCCUGGAGUCGUGUAGCACUGAAUCUUUUUUUAGUACGUGUGCUGCGUUGCUUAAAGAUCCCAAAGCUGAUGUCCAAAUACUGGAAAAAUUAAGCAUUGUUUUGCAGAAGCUCUCUAAAGUGAGGAGUAAUAAGAAGCUUUUUGAAAUUUACAGCAUUCCUCAAGUGAUCCAAGAGUUGCAAAGGACAGCAAACUCAGAUCACGCCUUCCUUAUCAUUAACUUAAAUUCCAUCCUCUUCCACUUGGGCUACGCAAGGACCAAAUCUCUGUCACCCACCGCCAGCAUUGAUCAUUGAUGUUGAAUAGGAGUUUUUGUAGGAAGAGUGUGUAUAUCCUCGUGAUUGUGUAAAGUAUGCUUACUCUUUACGGAGUGAUGUAUCCUUGCAGUUAGGCUCCAUUUACAUGACCGUAUUUUUGGUCCGCAUCCACAUUUUCUGCUGAUUGCACACAGCCUCUUUCAUUUCUAUGGGUCCGUAAAAAAAAACAGACUGUCUGCAUCCAUAUGUCGCAAAAAAGAUAGAACAUGUCCUAUUCUUGUCCAUUUUGCGGACAAAAAUAGGCAUUGUUAAAAUGGAAUUCACUGCUACUGAAAAUGUAUCACUGGUAUACAUCUUAAUUAUAGAUAAUUCACUGAAAGGUGAUGGCACUAAAAGAAUAAACUUUAUUGAUGCGUUAUUUAAAAACGGAGGAAAUGAAACACGAUUACAACUAACAAAUUAAGUAAAAAUCAUCACACAACUAAGGCUACUUUCACACUCGCAUUUUGGGCGGAUCCGUCUUGGAUCUGCAAAAACGGAUCCGUUACAAUAAUACAACCGCAUGCAUCCAUCAUGAACGGAUCCGUUUGUAUUAUCUGUAACAUA